AUGACUGAUCAAGAAGUUACGAGCUUCGAUGAUGGUGAGGUGUUGCAACGUGUGCACAAUGUUGAUCAAAUGGUGCGGGAUGUUGAGUUUCAAGGAGUGUACACAACUUCUGAAUUAGCGAGGCUGAAGCAGUUCAUUGAAGAUUCAAAGAAACCCCUCUAUCCUGGUUGCCAGAAGUACUCUCGCCUUUCUGGUGAUCUAAAACUUCUGCAGCUUAAGGCAGAUCAUGGUUGGAGCAACAAAAGUUUCAAACAACUAUUGGAUCUGCUUAGAGACAUGCUACCUGAGAAACCAAACCUUGACAAGUGCCCCAAGUGUGGGUGUGAUCGGUACAAGAGGAAAAAAGAUGGUGGAGAUGAUAAUGCUGAUGACGGGAACGUGCCCGUGGAGAUCAGAGGCAAGAAGAAGGUUAACAGAGGGGGUCCUGUGAGGGUGGCAUGGUAUUUUCCCAUCAUUCCCCGGUUGAAAAGAUGGUUCGCCACAAGAAAGGAGGCCCAACUCUUGCGUUGGCAUAAGGAAGGCCGAAAGAAGGAAAAUGACAAGCUUAGGCACCCCGCAGAUGCAGCACAAUGGGGUAACAUUGAUUCCCACUUUAAGUGGUUUGCUGAUGAUUGCAGAAACCUUCGGUUCGCUAUGAGCACAGAUGGCGUUAACCCUUUCGGUAACCAGAGUUCAACACAUAGCACCUGGCCUGUCGUGCUAUCAAUGUGCAACCUUCCACCCUGGCUAUGCAAGAAACGGAAAUACAUGAUGCUGACAAUAUUGGUCUCUGGGCCAAAGCAACCUGGCGACCGUAUUGAUGUCUACUUGAGGCCACUAGUUGAUGACUUGAAGACACUUUGGAAGCCUGGUGUGAAGGAGGUUUGGGAUGAGUUCGGGCGUGAGGAGUUCAUAUUGCACGCCAUGUUGUUCACCACCAUCAACGACAACCCGGCUCAUCGCAACCUCUCCGGCCAGAGUAAAAGGAAAGGUGCAGCUUGCCCGCACUGCUUGGAAGAAACUUGCUCAUUGUGGCUAAGAAAUUCAAAGAAAUUCGCAUUUAUGGGGCACCAUCGUUUCCUCAGCAAGAAACAUCCCUACCGGGAGAUGGAUUGUCAAUUUAUUGGGGAAAAGGAGCAUCGAGCGGCGCCUCUGCAUGUGACUGGAGAUCUGGUCCUCUUGCAAGUCAAGGACAUCAAAACUAUCGAGGAGUUACCCAAAAUGACUGAAAAAAUCCUUGGCAAAAGAAAGAAACGAGAUGGUGAAGAAGAAGAAGAUGGGAAAGGAAUUUGGAACAAGAAAUCAAUUCUAUGGGAGCUAGAGUAUUGGGAGCUGUUGGAUGUGCGUCAUUCGAUUGACAACAUGCACGUCAAGAAGAAUGUGUGUAGCGUUUGUGGAACAUUGCUGCAACAGAAGUUGAAAGGAAAAGAUCAUAAAAAUGCAAGGGAGGAUCUUAAAGAUAUGGGCAUUAGGCCGGAGCUCUAUGCAGAGGAAACAGACACGGGGACGGACCUUCCCGUCGCUGCAACCACCUUGUCAAAGACAGAGAGAAAAGAAUUCUGUGAGUUUUUGCAUGGUUUGAAAGUACCUUCAAGCUACUCAUCGAACUUCAAGAGGCUAGUGUUGGUGAAGGACAUGAAAAUGAAUUUCAACUUGAUGAAAUCUCAUGAUUGCCAUGUGUUGAUGACAGCUCUUCUUCCUGUUGCACUUAGAGGUAUCAAGACAGUACAGAAGGUGAUUGAUGAGGAAGAACUAUUGAAGUUAGAGAGGAGGCAUUUCGAGACCCUAUGCAUGCUUGAAGCUACCUUCCCACCAACAUUCUUUGAUCUCAUGAUCCAUCUAACAGCACACCUCGCGAGGGAGAUUUGGUUCCUUGGCCCAUCUUACCUUCAUCAGAUGUUUCCAUAUGAGAGGUACUUUGGAUUCCUCAAAUCAUUGGUACAUAACCGGUCAUUUCCGGAGGGAGCCAUGGUUCGUGGCUAUGGGACCAUCGAAGCAGUGGAGUGGGCCAUGGGUUAUAUGGACCCCCAAAACCCCAUUGGUGUGCCUCAUUCACGGCAUGAAGGUAGGCUUGCAGGUGUUGGGACCAUGGGGAAAAAGUCAAUCACUCCGGAUCCAGAUGCCUUCAACAAGGCUCAUUUCACCGUGAUACAACAGAUUGACCUGAUUACACCAUUUGCCAACGAGCACAACCAACAACUACGUGAAGAAAACCCUACCCGUAGUGAGGCUUGGGUUGCAAAGAAGCACAUGCAAUGCUUCAGCUGGUGGCUCCGAGAUUAUGUCCAGAGAUGCAGCGCAGCUGUAACCGACAAUCUGAUAACGAAACUAGCAGUGGGGCCAUUAUUCACUGUUACAACAUACCAAGCAAUGGAUAUCAAUGGAUACACGUUCUACACCAUGGCCUAG